UGGGGCGUGGUCUUGGCCGCGGGGCGGGGCUCCGAGCGCCAUGGCGCAGCCACCGCGCGACGUCGGCGAGGACGACUGCCUCCCCGAGUACCGCCACCUCUUCUGCCCGGACCUGCUCCGGGACAAAGUGGCCUUUAUCACUGGCGGAGGCUCGGGGAUCGGGUUCCGGAUUGCUGAGAUUUUCAUGCGGCAUGGCUGCCACACGGUCAUCGCCAGCAGGAGCCAGCUGAGAGUGUCAACGGCCGCCAAGAAGCUGACUGCUGCCACUGGCCAGCGGUGCCUCCCGUUGUCCCUGGAUGUGCGCAGUCCCCCAACGGUCGAGGCCGCUGUGGAGGAGGCACUGAAAGAGUUUGGGAAAAUUGACAUUCUUGUCAACGGUGCAGCUGGGAACUUCCUGUGUCCGGCCGGCGCCUUGUCCUUCAACGCCUUCAAGACCGUGGUGGACAUCGACACGGUCGGCACUUUCAAUGUGUCCCGCGUGCUCUACGAGAAGUGCUUCCGGGAGCACGGAGGGGUGAUUGUGAACAUCACCGCAACCCUCGGCAGCCGGGGGCAGGUGCUCCAGGUGCACGCGGGCUCUGCCAAGGCAGCCGUGGAUGCGAUGACGCGGCAUUUGGCUGUGGAAUGGGGUCCCGAUAACAUCCGUGUCAACAGCUUGGCCCCCGGCCCUGUCAGCGGCACGGAGGGGUUGCGGCGGCUGGGUGGGGCCGCCACGAGCACCUCUGUCCUGACGAGCCCCCUCCGGCGGAUGGGGAACAAGACGGAGGUAGCCCACAGCGCACUCUACCUGGCCAGCCCCCUCGCGUCCUACGUCACCGGGACUGUGCUGGUGGUCGACGGGGGGAUGUGGCUGACCUUACCCAACAGCGUCCAGAGACUGGCGGACGUGGCGUCCUCCUCCGCAAAGCUGUAGACAGCAGAAGAGGCCACCGGCACCUGCUCCCUAGGACGCCGAGGUCCAAGCAGAUGCACCGACCUGAUCUGACCUGACGUUGACCUGAGCUGUGUGCAGCCUGCACCAGGCCCCACAGCUGCUGUGGGGUAGCAGGCAGGGCCUCCCUCCAUCCCCUCCUCCAUGAGCCCCACCUGCCCUGCCCCUUCCUGCUGGUCACACGGAUGCGCUGACCACUGGCUCCCCCAGCAAGGCCGGCCCUGCUGUGUCUCCUGGGAGCCAGUGGCCGGUGCAGGGGAGGCCCAGCUCCCGCCUGCUCCUGGAUUCCUGGGCAGCUCCUGCAGGGCUUGCCCCAUACCCCUCCUGCCACCCUUGCACAUCUGUGCCCCUUCCCUAGGGACUGGGCAGCCCCCUCCUCCCUCCCGGGUCCCCCACCAGGCACUGGCCAGUGCUGGGCUGUGGGCACCGUGUGGACAGGCAGUGCUCCCACUGACCGUCCACGCAGCGAGUGACCAGAGAGGGCUGGGGCAGGGGGACACGAGCACCUGAGGGGCCCUCCAGGAGGUGGGUUUGACCAGCAGCUGGAGAGCUGCCACCGUGGCCAGGCCACCUGCCUGCCAGCACCAGCCCACAGGCCUCCUUCCUCCUCUGCAUCCAGCUGUGCCCCCCCCACCUGCCUUGUGCGGAGGGGAUGGCGCAUUUCCUCUGUUCAUCCUUUCUUGCUCUCCUCGGGGACCCAGCCCUUGAGAAGCAUGUUGGGGCUGCCCCGGGCCCAGGCCGGGUAUCCUGGGUCCCCUUUUCCCACCUGGGCUGGGGCCCUCCCUUCUCAGCAGCCCCCUGCCCACCCGGGGCCUCCCAGCCCCCAGGCCUCCUCCGGGCUGGCCCAGGGUGUCCUCAGCUUGCUCACUCUGCCAUGCGUGUAUGUGUGUGAGUCCCCCACCAGCCACUGGGUGCCCCGGGCUGCCCGUGAGCCCCCCCACUGUCUGAUCACCCAUUUGCCCAAGCACAGCUCCUAGGUUUUUGCCAGAAAAUGUGUUCCCUUUAAUCUUUUAAAUGAGCAAACUCUUGGAGUUAAUAUUUGGAAUAUAGGUUACCAGAAGAUAGAAGGAGGAUAGAGAACAGGGAACUUAGUUUGUGCAGAGUGUUUUAAUCAGGCUGAUUGUAAAUGUUUGGAAAUGGAUAGGGGUGAUGGUAGCACAUCAUCGUGAGUGUAACUGAGAGUGCUGAAUUGUGUGUGAUUGUGGUUGAAAGGGGAAGUUUGGGGUCGUGUGUGUCACCAGGAGAGCUAGAGUGAAGCAGGAUGAACGACACUAUGAGCUGUGGUAAUACAGGAGUGUGCGUUCAUGAAGUAGAACAAGCACCCGUCACACCGAGGGGCUGGUGACAGGGAGGUACCGGGGGAAAUGCACCGUUUGCAAACCGCGGACUACAGUUAGCAGUAACUUCUUAAUGUUCUUCCAUUGGUGGUAGCGAAGGCCCCACACCCAAGCUGAGUGUCAAUAAUGGGGGGACAAGGGGUGCGGGGUUUUUCUUUUUGCAUCAAUGAUUGUGUUGAUGAAAGCACAACUCUGAUUAUACUGAGAGCCACUGCUUGCACACUUUGGAUGGGCUGUAUGGGGUGUGAAUAAAACUUUUGGAAAAAAA